AAUUCUUCUUUCUUUCGUCAUUAGAAGGAAAUGCUCCAAACAUACUGUAUAUGCAACUCUUCACGUAGAUUUGGUGCAUCGUUUGGCGUGGGACGUCAUAUGUCGCUGAUGUCCGAAUUGGGGAAGCAUAAAAGCCGGGAUGUCUUCUAGUCCUUGAGAAGACAUUCUUUGAACCCAUACCUUGACAAACGUAUAAUGUCAGAAGAUCAACGUACUCCCAUCUUUCUUACAGGUGCUACAGGCUAUAUCGGGGGGUCUGUCCUCGCUCGCCUGUUGGCCCACCCGAGCGCAAAGAGCUUUGAUAUUACAGUUGUGUCUCGUCGGCAAGAAAAGGCUGACAAGCUUGCGUAUUUCGGUGUCAAGGCGGUUGUGUCCUCUAUGGAUUACUAUGCUUUGCUCGAGGAUUACGUUGCCAAAGCCCACAUUGUUAUUGACUGCGCUGAUGCUGAUAACAUAGAUGCUGUACAAGCAAUUAUACGGGGUUUGAAGAAGAGGCAUGAAUUGGUGGGCGAUACGCCAAUCUUUAUCCAUACGUCUGGCACAGCUGUAUUGAGCGAUAACGCCAAAGGACUGCAUCCAUCCGACACUGUCUAUGACGACAUGAACCCGGACCAGAUUGCGGGUAUUCCGCCUUCUGCGCCUCAUAGAAACGUGGAUAACGCGAUAUUUGAUGCUGACAAGCAAGGCUAUCUCAAAGCGUAUUUUAUUGCUCCUGGUACCAUUUACGGCAUCGCACAUAACCCUCUUGUCGACGCCGGAAUCCAGAACUCUCGUUCGCAGCAGAUCCCUCAGCUUGUCAAGGCUUCGUUGGACAGAGGACAAGCCGGUGUAGUUGGAAAAGGUGCAUCCUUGUGGCCAAAUGUGCAUAUCGACGAUGUCUCUGACCUCUACAUUAUCCUUUUCGAUGCCGUUACCGCCAACUCUGACAAGCUUGGUCAUGGACUUAACGGCUUCCAUUUCGGCGAGAACGGCGAGCAUAGAUGGUAUGACAUUUCGAGAGCCAUCGGCCAAGCCUUCGUCGAGUUCGGGAUCAGUGGAGACCCCGAGCCUACUUCCUUCACUGAGGAGGAACUCGACAAGUAUUUUGGUUCUGAGGAGUUGGCCAACGCCAACGUCGGAUCCAACUCUCGGUGCCGAAGCAAUCGCGGUCGCUCUAUUGGUUGGAAGCCUAAGUAUGUCACGAAGGACAUGUUGGCUAGCGUCAAUGCUGAAGUUGAGGCCGCUCUGAAGCUCAACGGCAAGAAGUAGCAAUAGAUUAUCGAGUUUUAUCUCCUAAUCAUGUCUCACGACCGUUUACUGGGGCAAUCUUGAAGUGUGGACACUAAACGCACGGAACUACGUAUCUGAUCCCAAAUAUGAAGUGAUAUUCGCUAAAGAGAUGUUUGACCGAUCUCUUGGAUAUACUAC